AUGAAAUUCGUCGCAACUGCACUUUUGGCCCUCGCUGCUGGAGCCUCCGCCUUCGCUCCUGUCUCUCCUGCUGGAGUUGACACAGCUCUUUUCGCCUCCGCUGGACCAGGCCGCAUGACUGCUCCUCCAGGUGCCCAAAAUCCAGUCACACAGCAAAUUGCCCGUUCUGGAAACAGCCACCCUCAAUCUGCUGCCGUCUGGGACAAGUCUAACCCAGUCUUGGUCCAAGGUGGAUCUCUUAAGACCUGGUCUUUCCCAACUGCUGCCGUCGAGCGUGUCCAAGUUGUCAUGAAGACCGAGGGACGUCCUUUGGAUGCAAACCUUGAGCUCUGGCAAGGUCCUGAUAACACCCCUUACAAGAUGCGUGUUUACGUCGAGGAUGGUGCCCAACGUUCGUUCAACUGCGUUAUCGAGACUCCCCGUGGACCCAACACGGUUUCUAUCCGUAACACCGCCAACAUGGAAUUCCCCUUGGUCGCUGGUGUCGUUGCCGCUGAAGUCCGCAACCGCGAAUCACCCAUGGCCGGAGCCGUCACGCAACCUAGAACCAUUCAGGGAGGAGCCCUUCGAACCUACCCCUUCGACCCCAAUGUCGAGAGUGUUCGUAUUGUCCUCAUGACUGAUGGACGUCCAUUGAACUCCCGUAUUGAGUUGCUACAAGGUCCUAACAACAUCAAGCAAGUUAUGGAAUUGUACACUGAAGACGGUAUGGACAGACCUUACAUUGCCAUCAUCGAGACACCAGGAUCCGGAAACGUUGUCCGUAUUGUCAACACCGCCACAAUGGAAUUCCCAUUGACCGCUUUGGUCGAGGCUGACCAAAUCGGCGAUGGCCGAGGACCAGCAGAUGCCGUACUAGGAGGAGACGGCCCAGGAUUCAUGUUGGACCGUGCUUGGUAA